AUGUCGUCUUUGGCUCCGACCAAAGUACAAGAGGAGAAAGUGGCAUGCGUCCCAGCGGAACUUAAGAUAUGUGUACCAGCAGCACAAGCCGGAACUAAACCGUCGUCGGAAUGCUGUGCAAAACUGAAAGAACAACAGUCUUGCUUGUGUGGUUACAUCAAAGACCCAUCCUUUAGUCAGUAUGUUACUUCUGGUGGUGCUAAAAAAGUCUUAGCAGACUUUGGUGUUCCCGUUCCUAAAUGUUGA